CACUUUCAAAAUAUCAGAGAGCUGAAGAGAUAGAUAGAUAAGCUUCUGUUUCUUCUCAAACUUCACUACCUCAAACAGUAAACACCAUGCUUUCUCUAACUCUAAAUACGGCCACUCCCAAACCGCCGUCUCUCACCACCGCCUUCCUCCCUUCCUUCCACGCGCCACCCAGCUCCUCCGUCUUCCACAAGCCCAUUCCCUCGCCAAGGCCCAUCUCCGCACUCAUCAUCCCACCUUCCUCCUCCGGCCAAAGACUUUCGUCCGACCAAAAGCAGGUCUACCAGCCUUUCAGGCCGCCUCCUUCUCCGUUGCCUUCAAAGUUCCGCAAUCUAGACACCAGUGAAAGGCUUGAAGUUCUUUCCAACCGGCUUGGCCUGUGGUUCGAAUUUGCUCCUCUCAUUACGUCCUUCAUCCGGGAGGGAUUCACGCCGUCCACGCUCGAGGAAAUCACUGGAAUCUCAGGCGUGGAGCAGAACCGCAUCGUGGUGGCUGCCCAGGUGCGGGACUCUCUUGUGCAUUCCGAGAUUGAUGCGGAGACGCUUGACUUUUUCGACAGGGGCGGCGCGGAGUUGCUCUAUGAGAUUCGCAUCCUCAGCGCCGAGCAGCGGGUCGCGGCCGCGGGUUUCCUGGUGGGGAACAAUUUCGACGCCAAGCAAUCGGAGACAUUGGCUAGGGCAAUGAAGGAUUUCCCGAUGAGGCGCGGUGACCGGGGGUGGGCGGCAUUUGAUGCGAAUUCCCCGGGGGAUUGCCUGGCGUUCAGUUACUUCAGGCUGGCGCUGGAGUAUCAAUCAGCAGCUGCGGAGGAUCUGUGGCGGCAGUCUCUGCACAAAGGGCUGGAGUUCGUCGUGUCCGAGGCAGCCAAGCUUUUACUGGAGGAGGAGUUGGAAGGGAAGGCAGAGGUGAAAGAAGCCGUUGUGGACGAAGUUGUAACCGUGCCAUUGGUGAGAAUGCAACGGGGGGAGCUGGCAGAGUCGACUGUCGUGGUGGUCUUGCCGGUUAGCAAGGCGGAGGCCACCGAGGUGGAGGCUGCACCAUGGAACUGUGAAGGCACAGGCAACUUCGGCAUAGUGGAGGCAGAGAAGGAGUGGCGGCGGUGGGUGGUUUUACCAGGAUGGCAACCCAUAGCUGCACUAGAGAGAGGCGGAGUUGCAGUGACAUUCAAGGAUGGGCGCACUUUACCCUGGAGGGAGAGCCAGAAGAACAAGUCAGAAUCCAUUCUGGUAGUGACUGAUAGGCAGAGGAAAGAGGUGGCGGUGGACGAGGGCUUCUACUUGGUGGCCGGAGGUGGUGGAAAUGGAAGUGUGAUGGAGGAGGAGCUAAAGGUGGAGAGAGGAUCAAAAUUGAAAGAGAAGGGGGUUACAGAGAGUUUGGGAAUGGUGGUUUUGAUUGUUAGGCCACCUAGAGAAGAGAAUGAUGAAUUGAGUGAUGAAGACUGGGAUUAAUAGAUAGAUACAAUACUCCUACCUUACAAAGGUAGCAACUUUUGAUCAAUUCAAUCUGCAAUCUGCACUGAUAGUACCAGCAUUUUCAGUUUCAAACUUGAAUGUAGAGUUUCAAAUGAAAAACCCAAAUAUUUGCAAUUU